ACCUGCCCUGCUGCCGGGUCUGUCUGUCCGGUCCCCUCUGCCCGCCGACCAAGUCCUCGCUUCCCCAUCUCAACUCCUCCUUCGCACACUGUAGCACAUUACCACUCAUCUCCCGCCGCGCUAUUCUCUCCCUCCCUCUCCAACGCCCCCAAAACGUCGCUAAACCCUCUUUACUUCAAGUCACUUCUAUCCGUCUCUGGCGUCGCUGCUUGCCUCUUCUCUUGUCGCUCUCACACAGUUGCACUCAUCUACACGGGCUACCAUUGCGCAAAGCUAUUCGCGACGGCGAAUAACAUCUCGUGUCGUCCACGACUGUAA